GGAGGAGGAGGAGGCGGUGGAGGAGGAGGAGGAGGAGGCGGCUCGGGGCAAUCGAGAAGCGAGCCGGAGCGCGGGGCGCGAGUCGAGGAGUCCAGCCGAGCCGCCGCCGCCGCCUCCCCGCCUUCAGCGAGAGCCCCGGCCGGGGGCCCGCCACAACGCGCCCGGGCCUGCCUCGGCGUCAGGCCCCGCGGGCAGCGCCAGGCAGCCAGGGGGAGGGCGAGCAAGUGAGCGCCGGGAGGAGGCGGCCGGAGCAAGCGGGCGCCGCGCGUGUGGCGUGAGGGGAAGCCGCUGGCCGCCCCCUAGGCCGUCGCUUCGCUCCCCCUCCCCGCUCCCCGCCCCGACCGCGGAGGGCACCAUGUCGGCGCCGACGGCCAAAGCCAGUAAAAAGGAGCUCAACUCCAACCACGACGGGGCCGACGAGACCUCAGAAAAAGAACAGCAAGAAGCAAUUGAACACAUUGACGAAGUACAAAAUGAAAUAGACAGACUUAAUGAACAAGCCAGUGAGGAAAUUUUGAAAGUAGAACAAAAAUAUAACAAACUCCGCCAACCAUUUUUUCAGAAGAGGUCAGAAUUGAUCGCCAAAAUCCCAAAUUUUUGGGUAACAACAUUUGUCAACCACCCACAAGUGUCUGCACUGCUUGGGGAGGAAGAUGAAGAGGCUCUGCAUUACUUGACCAGAGUUGAAGUGACAGAAUUUGAAGACAUUAAAUCAGGUUACAGAAUAGAUUUUUAUUUUGAUGAAAAUCCUUACUUUGAAAAUAAAGUUCUCUCCAAAGAAUUUCAUCUGAAUGAGAGUGGCGACCCAUCUUCAAAGUCCACUGAAAUCAAAUGGAAGUCUGGAAAGGAUUUGACAAAACGCUCAAGUCAAACGCAGAAUAAGGCCAGCAGGAAGAGGCAGCAUGAAGAGCCGGAGAGCUUCUUCACCUGGUUCACUGACCACUCUGACGCAGGUGCAGAUGAGUUAGGAGAGGUCAUCAAAGACGACAUUUGGCCAAACCCCCUACAGUACUAUUUGGUUCCUGAUAUGGACGAUGAAGAAGGAGAGGCAGAAGAUGAUGAUGAUGAUGAUGAAGAAGAGGAAGGCUUGGAAGAUAUUGAUGAGGAAGGGGAUGAAGAUGAAGGUGAAGAAGAUGAAGAUGAUGAUGAAGGGGAGGAAGGAGAGGAGGAUGAAGGCGAGGAUGACUAGCACAGAAGACUGAUGGAUUCCAGCCCUCUUUUUUAUUUUCUUUUUAUUUUUUAAUUUUCUCCAGUCCCUGGGAGCAAGUUGCAGUCAUUUCCCUCCCCCUGACCCCUCUUGUGCUCAGUAGCCCUGUUUUUGAGGUCUCUUCUCAACACCAUGGUUCUCAACCUAUUUUGGGGGAAAUACCUUGAACAAAAUACAACAGGAAAAGAAUCUCCACUAUUCUGUUCUAAAUUCAUUUUUAUCCUUUGUUGUCUCAAACUGUGGAUUCAACACCACCACUGUGCUCUGUGGGAAAAAAGAAAAACCCUUCGGCCCCCUUGGCUCUGCUGGAGGCUGGGGGGUGCUAGGUCCCUGUGUAGUAGUGCAUAGACUUCUAGCUUUUUUCCUUUCUCUGUAUAUUGGGCUCAGAGAUUACACUGUGUCUCUAUGUGAAUACAGACAGUUAGCAUUUACCAACAUGUAUCUGUCUACUUUCUCUUGUUUAAUAAAAAGAAAAAAAAAGAAAAAAAGGGGGGGUAUAGAAGGUCAGCAAGGGUGGGUUGAGGUGUCUGGGGGGGUAAGUGGGCAUUGUGACAACAUGGCUUCUCCUUUGGCAUGUUUGAUUGUGAUGUUUAACGGACAUCCUUGCAGUUUAAGAUGACACUUUUAAAAUAAAAUUCUCUCCUAACAAUGA